GUAACAGACGACUCCAAACCGAUUCUGUUCCAAUGAAAAUGCAUUUUCCAGCCCUGCCAUUGGUCUGUUCUGCUGUUACCAGAACCCAUCAUAACCAAAAUCCUUGAAUUGAAACCGACGGUAAACAAGCCAUUCUCAGCAGUAAUCUGGAAAUCGGACAGAUUAUCAAUGGAGAAGAGACUCCGGUCGUCACUGGAGACCUCCGCCGAAGAGUUCCUCUCGUCGGCCGCCAAAUUGCCUUUCAAAUCCUCCAAAUCCGCCAUCAAAACCCUAAUUAACACAUCAGUUAAACCUUCCUCUGAUCUAACUUCUUCUCUGCCCCUCGCCCUCCUGAAUUCCAUUUCACACUCCAUUUCCCGAUACAAAAAUCUCCACGACUCUACCUUCGCCGGGUCGCCGAUAACACCUCCUGCAAAGCGUGCACGAAGAUCUUCCCGUAACAAGAAAGAGGAUGGGGUUUCUUCCACCCAACACCGUGAAAAUGGAAGACAGUCUAUUGUCGAGAAGCUCCAGGUUUAUACGUAUAUUUUGUACCUCUGCGCGUUCCAUCCUAAAAGUGCCUUCUCCGUUUCAGAUUUGUUGCCGGCCGCGCAAGAGUUGCAUGACAACUUAAUUUUGUUUGAGUCCGAUUCGAUUUUGCUGUCAGAGAUAGCUAAUUUGUGCGAGGAGUGGUGGAAGGGGGCCGGUUAUGUUGUCACGCUCAUUGACUUUGAAGAAGAAAGUAGAUGUUCACAGAGUUUAUACGCUUCGAGAAGCUUUUAUGCUGUUUGAUUUUGAGGAUGAGAGUAUUGAGGACUUAAAGCAUUUGUUGAUUCGCUGUGUGAUUUCUCCUCUGUAUUUGAAAACAGAGGAGGGUAGGAAAUUCAUCGCGUUUAUGUUUGGUUUCAGUGUGCAGCUCAUGAAGGAAAUUUGGGCGAUGAUAAAAUCACAAGUACCAUUUGGGCGUAAAUCAAUGUUGGAGGCCUAUGGUGAAAUUAUUUUUAGAGCAUGGAAGGUGGUGGAGGGGGAAUGCAAGUGUGAGAUUGAGAAUGGGUUUCUGCAGGGGUUGGUGGAGGGAGCUAUAUACGCCAGCUCGGUGACACUAGCAGCAUCAAUUAGAAGGAUUUUAGGGUGUUUUGUUAAUAACCGGACAACAGAUGGAGUAGAGAAACUUAUUUUCUGUCUUGCAGAGCCGAUAAUUUUUCGGUCACUUCAGGUUGCAAACUCAAAUGUCCGACAAAACGCAUUGCACUUACUUCUAGACCUGUUUCCUUUAGAGGAUCCUGAUGCGACUAAGGAGGCUAAAGAUACGCUCCUGGAAAAGCAAUUCUUUCUGUUAGAUAAACUACUCAUGGAUGAGUGCCCAGACGUGAGAGCUGUAGCAGUAGAAGGCAGCUGUCGAACUCUUUAUCUGUUUUGGGAAGUUAUUCCUUCACCAAUCAUUACAAAGAUUAUUACCAGAAUUUUUGAUGACAUGGCUCAUGAUGCUUGCACAGAGAUCAGACUUUCCACAGUGAAUGGUAUUAUAUAUUUGCUCGGCAAUCCUCAAUCUCAUGAGGUCCUUAAAGUGCUCUUGCCUAGAUUGGGCAAUCUCAUUAUGGAUUCUGCAUUGGCAGUACGGGCUGCUGUCGCUGAUCUCCUUCUACUCUUGAAUGACAUUCGAAAUUUUCACUUCCAUAAGGUAGUGUCCAUAGAUGUAUUGGUUUCGACACUUGCGAAUGACCAACCGCUUGUUGCAAGGAAAAUCACCAAACUUCUUAUACCAUCUUACUUUCCUUCCAAAGUUAUGGAGGAAGAAGCAUGUAAGCGCAUGAUCACUCUUAUUAAAAGGUCUCCUACAGCGGGAGCAAGAUUUUGUGAGUUUGCAGCAUUGGAAGGAGCAUCUCUCAGAUCUCUUAUGAAACUUUUUAAAGUUCUUACUGAUUUGAUUAUGUCUUCCGUUAAGCUUGAUGAAGAGACUGUUGAGGGUUUACUUGUUGCUGCUUCUCACCUUUGUACUAAUCUUGCAAAGGAUGCUUCUUUCCAGCCAGCUCUCAGAGAAGAGUUGUCUGCUGAAAAGCUGAAGACCCUUUUUACAGUUGCUUCUACUUCACGUGCUCAAUCUUCUAUCUGCAACAUUAUCUCAACCAUGUCUCUGGAUGCUGUAGGUGACCUUUUUGAAGAUUGCAUGGGCUUGAUUAAUAGAUUCGGCGGUUUAUCAGAUAUUAUUGAAAGGCAAGCUGAAGUGAGGUCUGCCCACAAGAUGAUACUGUCAUGUGGUUGGUUUGAUGACAUGUUUGGAGUUCUGGUUGGGUGCUUGCAAAAAGCUGCCUCUGGAUGUCAUGCAAAAUUUGGUAUAGAAUUAGGAAAAAAAAAUGUUGGCUCAGCAAUAAGAAGAACUAAAACUUCAAUAAAAGUAUCAUCAAAGUCAAAGCACUGCAAUAGCCAAAGGUCAUCUAACAUUGACAAAAAUAGGUUUACGGAAGAUUAUGCAAGUGCUGUUGGAGUAUCAUGGCAAAUAAAGGACUUACUUCUGCAUGAAAAUACAAGGAAAGCUAUGUUAGGUUCUAGACAUUUAGAAAGUGCAUACUCAGCGUUGAAGGUCAUUUCUGAAGCAAGUGUUCUCUAUUGCCUGCAGUAUGAUUAUUUGAACACAUGGUCUGUUUCUGCUUACACGACUCUUACUCUGCAUAUGAGUCUUCAUAACAUCAAGACAGAUGUAAGCACAGAUUCUACACAGGCAUCUAUCUCUGACUUGACAUUGGACCAUCUGCUUCAUUGUGCAAAUAAUGUAUUCAGAGCAAACAAUAAUAAGUCUGACAGCUUACCCUCAGAAUCACUAAACAGUACCAAUACCAAGAUAGCACCUGGAUACAGCGCAGAUACUGGAGAUUGUCAAACUGGCACCAGUUUGACUAAACAACUAAGGAUAUCAAAUAUGGUGAAGAUGUUAACUGCAGUUCUGAAGUUUGUUGCUGAUGCAACUGCUAUGGAUCUUGUUACUUGCUCUCAAGACAGAUGCUUGAAUUUUACAACAGCAAAUGUGAAGUUCAUCAUUACAAAUUUAAGGGAACAUUCCAUUGCUCAGUUGCAAAUCACUGAAGAAGACCUCAGAGAUAUAUUUAUCUGUUUGAAAAGUUCUUUGACAUAUAGCUCCAAGUUACUUAAUAUAACGCUUAAAGCUUGUGAAGAUUCGUCAUGUCAAGCAGGAGCUUACAGUCUUGUAAACGAACUUUUUAAUCUCAUUGUUUCAGUUGAAGAGUUUCUGGGGUACGGAUAUGCAGCUCGCCUUGUCACAGUCAUUCAGCCAUGGAUUCCUGAUAUGAUUCUUGCUUUGGGAUCUAAUUGCUUGGGGAAACAGACUCCAGACAAGGGCGUAUGUUCAGAUUCAUUUGAUAAUGCUGCGUUCCACCUCCCCCCAUGGUUUUAUAUUUUGGCAAGGGUUGAGCUUUCUGAGCAAAGAGAUACAAACUCAGAUGACGAUACAGAGGGAAAUCAGCAUGCCAAGGAUUUCUCCGCAUUCAAGAGACUAAUAGAAACAAUGUCUAUGCUUUUGAAAUCAAACAACAAAAUACUAGAUGCUGUUGGGGCGAUUUUCUUAACUGGUUCACUAAGCGCAUUAGAAAGCAAGAAAUUUGAUGUCGUCUUGGGUCUUCUGCAUUUUGUCUGUGUAAAGCUUGUCAGGCCUGAAGACACAGAAUGGAAGGAACUUAAGCUAAUGCUGGCAUCUAUUGAAGAAAUCUACCCUAAAUUGGAGCGAGGGGCUGAAGAGCUAGGUAACAAUAAGAGUGACAGACAAAAGCUUUACAGUGCUAAGGCACUGCUUGAACCUGUCUGGGCAUCUUUUAUUUAUGACAAAAUAAGGCAUUCAAUGGAGGACGAAUAAAAUAACCCAGCAAUAUGGUUGAUGGGGAAAAAAUGAAAAAAAAAUGGUGAGACAAAGAAGUUUAUUCUUAUUCAAGUUAUGACUGCAAAUGUUCACAGAUUGCUGGUGUCUGUGUGCGAUACUAAUGCUAUAAGUUUCAUUGACAUCAAAGCAAGGCAAAUCGUUUCCUCAUUACUAUACUUCCAUAUUUUCAGUUUUCACUGCAUCCUGGAAGCAGCAAUCUUCGUACUCAAUGCAUCAGGUAUACAAACUCCUAUAAACAAACACGACCAAAGCACAAAGUGCAUCUGUUACUUUUAAAUGUUUUCUGGUCUUCAGUAAUAUUUAAGAAAAUAAUAUCUAUGUAAGAAUGUAGAUCUAUACGGUUUGUGCUUGCUACUUCCUGGCCCUAAAAGAUAGGUUUGUAUCAAAAUUCAAAAUCACACCUAGGCAUCAAUUAUUGAUAUUACUUUCACACAAAUAAUCUCGGGAACACUAUAACACAAUCUAUGACAUAACUUAACAGUAUCACAUGCCAAUGAGCCAAUGAGCCAAUGAAGUUAAGAAUUUCACAAAAUCAAAUGAAGGAUCAUUGUGGUUCUCAAUGAAGUUAAGGAUUCUUGUGCGUGCUAACUAUCCAUUACUGCUUUCGUGAAAGAUCCUUCGUUCGCUCCGUGAAAAUUGGAGUGGAAACACAGAAGCUUGCAGUGUAUGCCUUUGAAGAUGGUGGCAAGAUUUGAAUCCUCCAUCUUUUGUCUGUUUAGG